GUGCUGCUUCUGCUGCUGCAAGUGUCAGCUUACUUACCGUUCACUCGUUCUGUUCAUUAGGGAAUCCGAUCCUGAUCCCAUGGGCCAAUGAGCCUCAUUUCCCCCUCUUUCCCAGGUGGCUUACGGCGGUUCCUGGAGCCAUAGGAAAGCUGGUAACUGUGAAUUCCGGCCCAGCCACGACGUUUCUUGUCGUGCAGCCGGUUUGGGCAAUGAGUGAGACAGAGUGGUGGACCACUAGUAUAUGUUGUACAGUCGCGCCCAUUCUCUUACCUCGACUGUUCAAGGUUAUUCAUCGUUUUCCGCAAGCCAUUUGGGAUCCUGUGAUGAAUAUUCACAUCAUUUCGCGAUUGUGAUUACUGAGCCGUCUAGGACCCGACAACCACGACCCCUCCCCCGCCUAAAAUCAUCUAUCCUUGCGGACCCUGGGUCUCAUCAAUUCCCAUAUCAUCCAAGAACCUGCGGAUGGCCAACUGGACGUCGCUUCAUUCACCUCAGUAAUGGAAACUGCCCGCGCGGUCCCAGGUGAGAAUACUACCGCUGCGAUGGAUGUGUCGAACAACAAGUUGCAUCUCCUCGGCUUGCCCCUUGAGAUCCGCCUCCAGAUAUACGGUUGGGUUCACGCGGCACAUCCAGUAGAGCACGCGCAGCUCGCACCGUGGUAUCCAAAUCCAAUACAUAGUGCGUACUUCCUGAGGCCCGUCAACCCCCCCGGAAUGGAAACUGAGGAUCGUACCGUAUCAGGGAAAAUCGUGAAAGUCGUCGGCGAACCUUUGGGAGAAGAAGACGGCUCCAGCAAGGACCAGAAGAAUGAAGAGUCGUCGCUGCUGUCGCCAAACCGUCCAAUCUCCGGUAUCCCCUCGGCGCUCCUGGAGACCAAUAGGCAAAUCUACAACGAGUGCCGUUCCUUCCCCUUCCACACCAACGAGUUCGUCUUUGUCAACUGGUUCUCCUCUGGACUCUGGGCGGCGCGGGCGUUUACGCGCGGUCUGCGGCCAUGGCAACGCGAUGAGAUGCGGUGGGCGCGACUUGAGAUGCUCGGCCGGGACUUCACGGGCCCGGCCCUCAAGGAGUGGACUGAAUUGUGUGAGCACUGGGCGUCCGGGCUUCGGGGGCUGAGGCUCAAGAUCUUGAUCGGAGGUGGGAUAUUCGAACCGACCGCCCCGUUUUCUGCGCUGAAAAACAAUGCAGAGGCCCAGGCCAUGGGACUGGGCUCCAAGACGACAAGGCCCGAUCCCAGGCCGGAAUGGAUCGAGGAAGGGCUGCGGAAGCUGAAGGCGUUGAGGAGGCUGGAGGUCGAGCUUUCGGUGCUGGAUUGGGGUGAUGGAGAGAAGCUCGAGUGGUGUUCUGAGCUCGGAAGAAUGUUGAACGUCGGCAGGGAAGAGAAGAGCCUCGUCGUUGUGAGGUGUGUCGAGAAGCUUAAGGAGGAUAGUGGGGCAAAAAGGCAAGUCUUUGAUGGCAUUGUGCAGUGCUGAGCUCCCUGCUGAGUAUUUCUCAAGCAUAGACUGGGAUAUAUGGCUUUCAGGGUGAUGGCUGUUGGCUAUUGACCCUCAAAGUCCAAACGACGAACGACGAAGACAAAAGACUAGAGGUGUGUUUGAUUAUCGGUUGUCAUGCUGAGAAUGAAGUCGAAUUGGGGUACUGUUAUUGGCUCAGGGGCCAGGCGUUUGGAGGACACAACUAGGAGUAUGGUACUAGGCGUAUUGCAAUAUGAGCAGUGGUUACUAGGAUUGAUAUUUCCCUUG